GCGGCCGCAGGGAGGGGCCAGGUGACACAUCCUGCCGGGCCCUCCGGCCUCCCUCAGAGCGAGCGCCUGCCUGCGGCCGGUGAGCACAGGGAGCAGCCCCUCCCGGGCUUCAGGAUGGAGCUGUGCCGCCCAGACGCAGCAGAGCUGAGCAGCGGGGAGGCGGAGGAGCUGCAGAGGAUCAGAUGGCACCGGGAGCAGCUGAUGGAGGACAUCCAGAAGCUCAAGGAGGAGAUCGCAGACGUGUUUGCCCAGAUCGACUGCUUCGAGAGCGCGGAGGAGAGCCGGGUGGCCCAGAAGGAGAAGCAGCUCUGCGUGGGGCGCAAGAAGUUCAACAUGGACCCCGUGAAGGGCAUCCAGUACCUCACGGAGCACAAGCUGCUGACCCCCGAGCCCCAGGACAUCGCCCAGUUCCUGUACAAGGGCGAGGGCCUCAGCAAGACGGCCAUCGGCACCUACCUGGGGGAGAGGGACCCGGUCAACCUGCAGGUCCUCCAGGCCUUCGUGGACUGUCACGAGUUUGCAGGCCUCGACCUGGUCCAGGCCCUCAGGCAGUUCCUCUGGAGCUUCCGGCUGCCCGGCGAGGCCCAGAAGAUCGACAGGAUGAUGGAGACCUUCGCCGCCCGGUACUGCCUCUGUAAUCCCGGGGUCUUCCAGUCCACAGACGCCUGCUACGUGCUCUCGUUCUCCAUCAUCAUGCUCAACACGGGCCUGCACAACCCCAGCGUCCGGGACAGGCCUCCCUUCGAGCGCUUCGUGUCCAUGACCCGGGGCGUCAACGACGGCAGCGACCUGCCCGAGGAGCAGCUGCGGAACCUCUUUGACAGCAUCAAGAGGGAGCCCUUCUCCAUUCCUGAGGAUGAUGGAGGCGACCUCACCCACACCUUCUUCAACCCCGACCGCGAGGGCUGGCUGCUCAAGCUGGGAGGCCGCGUGAAGACCUGGAAACGGCGCUGGUUCAUCCUGACGGACAACUGCCUCUACUACUUUGAGUUCACCACUGACAAGGAGCCCCGGGGCAUCAUACCCCUGGAGAACCUCUCGGUGGAGAAGGUGGAAGACCCCAAGAAGCCGUUCUGCCUGGAGUUGUACAACCCCAGCUGCCGGGGCCAGAAGAUCAAGGCCUGCAAGACGGACGGCGAGGGCAAGGUGGUGGAAGGCCGGCACGACUCCUACCGGAUCUCGGCCGCCAGCGCCGAGGAGCGCGACCAGUGGAUCCAGGCCAUCCGGGCCAGCAUCACCCGCGUCCCCUUCUAUGACCUGCUCUCUGCUCGGAAGAAGAAGAUCGCCAGCAAGCAGUGAUCGUCCUGGGAGGUGGCGCUGUGCCCUGCGGUACUGGACACUCCUGCUCCCCAGUGCGCCCUUUCCAGGUCGCGGACCCGCCCCUCACCUCCGGUUGACUGUCGAGGGGAGGCAGAGCCGGGAGGGUGGGCGGGACCCAGGGGACAGGGUCCAGCAGCCCUGGCCCAGGCCCACUGCGGUAGGGUCGGGAGAACGGCGGAGAGGCCAGCUGCAGCCCAGGCCCGUCCCCUCCCGGGCAGCCCUGCCCUCACCCCCAGCCCUUUGCUGGCGACCCUCAGGAGGGCGGUGAGACCUUGGGCGCUUCCUGCACUGGCCGGUCCCCUCCUCCUGCUCCUCACCCUGACCCCGUCUCCAGCUCGAGCUCAGCACACCCAGCUCAGACCCACACGCGGGACCCCCGAGGUGCCAGGAGCGCCCGGCCCGGAGCCCGGACCUCACCAGACUCCAUCACCGACUCCCUGCGCCCUGGCCCUGCCCGGCCCUUCCCUGGUGCCUGGGAAACCACACUGUUUGGACGCGUCCUGGCUAUGCCCAGCGUGCAGCGGGCUGGUGGCUCUGGUGUGCUGGCUGGUGACAGUCCUGGCUGCUGGAGAGCAGGAGCUCCGCCCCAGGGGUUCGACCUGGGGAGAGGAACCAGGAAAUGACAGCCGGGGACAGACAGGACUCCGGCAGGACUGCGCUGCUAGGACGCUGCUUUGUGGGCUUGGUCUCCAGGAGGGCUGCCUGGAGGCGGCGGCCCAGCCCCAGUGACCCACGCAGGUCCAUGCUUGGAGAGGCAGAGCCAGCGCGGCCAUGGUGCUGAGGGGUGGCCCAGUGGUCCCCGCGCCCCAGGCCUUGAGAGCAGGGCCGACAUCCCGUGCGGCAGGCAGCUCUGUCCCCAGGGAGCAGGGUUCCAGGGUCCUCUCAGCUCUACUCACCCCCUCAGGCACGGCAGAGCCCGGAGGGAGCGGCCCCGGCAGGGCAGUAGGAAGCGGGGUUGCCUCAGCCCAUGGCCAGCGGGCGAGCAGAGCAGGCAGGCUCCCCAGAGGAGCCGGUGGGCAGGCAGCCCUCCUCCUCCAGCCCCCCACUCACGGGCGCGCUUCCCAGGGGUCAGGGCGGGGAGGCCACCGGGAGGUGGCGAGAACUCUGUCUCUGGAGGUGGCGAGCACCUGAUAGCCAAAUUGCACCCGGGGGCGUCUGCAGGACUUUUGAGGACUUCCACAGACCCAUGGCCUCUGAGCCCAGACCCUCUGCUGCCCCAUUAGGCCAGGGGCAGGGCCACAGGGGGGCCUGGAAGGAGCACCGACCUGGGGGCUGAGGUCAAUGUCCUCUCCUGCCUCCAGCACACGUGGGCUGUGUGACCUUGGUCUAUUCCCGCCCCUCUCUGGUCCUUCGCUUCUCCCAGUGGCAAGGGGCCAGGAGAGAGGUUGUUCCAAUUUCACUCAGGAGAGAGAAUAAAGUCAUCAUCCAGUU